UACCCUGGUGACUGCAUUAGUGCCGCUGGCGAGGAACGAAUGGGUGAUCUGGAUGAGCAGAUGCUUGUUGUUCACCAGCGGAUAGGCGCCACUCCGGGUACACGUUUCGAAUACCCCGUUAAAUUUGCGAAGAUGUCGCGAUCCAAAGAGCGCGCAGUAACGCUGCAUCGUAUGUGGGGCUGUGUCAAUCGGAAAUAUGCAUCUGAAACGGCUUAUUAA